AUUCCAAAAUACAAGGACGCCGCUACUAAAAAUCAGACCGUGCUAUCAAAUCGCGAAACGUGAUUUUAUUGCCGCCCCAAACGGCUCCUUAUUCAAGUUGAAUAACUUGGCUAACAAAUUCAAGAAUUUCGCUCCAUCAACGGUCCAACGGGGAAGAUUAGUGCGAUUUUAAACACACCGCUUAUUCUGAAUCGCUCAGAUCGAGAUUUUUCUGGCAACUCAACGGCUUCCGAAAGUAGGAAAUGAAAGCGCCUGGGAAGUAGAAAUCAAAAGAAGUGGUUUCCCCAUGGACGUUCGCAGUCCUGCUCGGGAAAUUAUUAUAGUCCCCGACGAAAACCCCUGCAGAGGUAGCGGCUUUAAGGACCCCAUUGAGAUCGAUGACGAGGUCGAGUUUCUCGGAAUGAUAGAAAUAAGCAGAGGGAGCAGCCGUAAAAACCCCAUCGUCGUCGAGCGAGACGGACCCCAUUCAGCUUGGGUAUCCAGUUUUCGUAGGCCUUACACGAAGAGAUCCCGCUCUUUCAAGAUGCCAUUAAUGGGAGAUCCAUGGGUCGGCAAGCCUAACAUCGAAAUCGGGGAAUCUUCCGGCACCACGCAGCAAGAGAAGUUGGAAAUGGAGUUUGGGGUUUCCUCCAGUCCUGUACUUCUGGAGCCCAACUAUAAUUGUGAAAUAUGUACGGAGUCUAAAUACGCGCACGAGCUAUUCGCCAUUGAAGGCUGCUCUCAUACAUACUGCAAGAACUGCGUCAGCCAGUAUGUAGCGGCAAAGGUUGAGGAAAACGUGUUUUUCAUCAAGUGCCCGGAUCCAAAUUGCAUGAAUGGCAAGCUUGAGCCAGCGAUGUGCUCGCUGAUACUUGACGAAGGAGUAUUUGAUUUUUGGUGCAAGGCAUUGUGCGAGUCAAUGGUAGAUGAUAAAUUUUAUUGCCCGUUCAAGGAUUGUUCGGCGCUUAUGAUGAAUGAUAUGGAAAAGGUGAUAACCGAUGCGGAGUGUCCGCAUUGCAAUAGACUCUUUUGUGCUCAGUGCAAGGUACCUUGGCAUUUGGGGUUCAGUUGUAGCGAGUUUCAGGAACUGGGGAAGGAUGAGAGGAAGAGUGAGGAUUUGAUGCUUAUGAAGCUGGCCAAGAAAAGCAAAUGGCAGAGAUGCCCGAAGUGCAAGUUCUUUGUGGAGAAGAUUGAUGGAUGCGCGUUCAUUUCGUGCAGGUGUCAUUUUACCUUUUGCUAUGGUUGCGCAUCAGAAAUGAAAGUCAAUCACUACUGUGAAAAAUGCAAGCGCUAGCUUCUGGGAAGCUUUUCUUUUGAUAUUUUGGAGUUGGAG